GUUUCCGGACAGUGGCAGCGAUACGGACAACAAGCAACAACGAUUCCUUCCCACCAUGCUAGGUGCGUGGAAGCGGAUGGUGGAGAACAGAGUGUACCAUGCACUGGCGUCUCGGUACUCCACGGCACUGUUGCUGGCGGUGCUCUAUCUUGCCAUCCUGGCUGUCUUCCACGCAGGAGAGCACUCGCUGAUAUGGAGCCGGAAUGCAUACACGAGCAAGUUUGGUUUGUUUGCUGAUAACAUCGUGGGUAAUAACUUCCAAGACAACGUGUGUUCACCACUGCCCAUCGACGUCGUGUACACAUGGGUGAACGGCUCCGACCCAAAGCUCAUUGCAAACUUGGAUAGCCUACGCAGCCGGCUGAAAGAAGAAGGUGCCGCCAACGAGACAGGGCCAGCGCAGCAAGUUGACAACACAACGGAGAUCGACUCGCACCACAACUUGGGGGAGAACGAGGAGGUGCCACCUGCACCUCCACCACCACCACCACCACCAGUUACGGAGCUGCGUGUUGUCGAUGUUCUGUCGCUUGUCGUCUCCAACUUGCACACGACCGCUCUGCCCAUCGGCACGCGCGAAAACGAGGUGGCGGCAGCUGUUGACGCCCAAUGCGGGAAUGUUUCCUCCGUACAUCUUGACCCCCUUGAGGUUGCUGGCAUUGUGACGUUUGCGAGCGCGGGAGCAGCGAGGCGGUGUCGCCAUCAGCACGUCCUACUUCGAGGUCAUUCACCACAGGUGGACUCUUUCUAUGCUCCCGAUGAGGACCUUGUGGACCUUCCUGAACCAACAGAGCUGUCCUUCGGGCCCGUGUACUUGAUUGGAAACACAACGUUUGAAGGACUGCAGCCCGCACCGCUUCGCUUCGGCGUGCAACCACGACAACAGCAUGGCAAUGGUGAUGGUGGUGGUGAAGGUGAUGUGCCGGAGAGCACCGUCGGUGACAACAGCACGAGUGCAGGUGUCAAUGCAACGAUGAGUGUGCCAUCACAUUUUGACGGCGAUAUCUCCCCUCGUCAGCACGACGACAGCGGACACCACACGUACAACGUUUCGUUUGGACUGGCUGCCUAUCGCACUGUGAUGGUACCUGAUGCUCCACCAACAAUGACGCGGGCACAGUUGACGUCACUCAUGCAGCGGUUUGGCGCCGUCGAGUCCGUAGAGCUGAAAGGAAAGCGUGGCCUCUCCCCACGCAUUGCGCUCGUCCGCUUUGCACUGCGCUGGUCAGCCGUCGAUGCGCUCGCAGCAGCAGCAGCCCCCAUCAUCCGCCGUCAUGCCCAUGGUGGUGAUGGUGGCGAUGAUGGCGAUGAUGGUGGCGACGGUGAUGUGUGGGUGUGGAUGGAUGAUGUGGAGCAAGGCUUGGAGGCAGCGUUGGAUGGCAGAAAUGAAGGCCUGGCGCAUGAUAUUGGAAGUGAAACGAGUGAACAGGAUGUGAGCAAUGGUGUUGGCAGCCACGCAGGCAUGGCCGCUGCUGAUGUUGACGAACGCAACACGACAGCUCUUCACCACGAACACAUGUUGUACAUCGUUCCCGUCUCCCACGUCGGCUUCGUUCCUGGUCUCUCCUUUGAGGCGGUGCGGCGGCUGCAGCGUGGUGAGAGCGCUGGUGAUGAUGAGGACGCGGAUGGUGGCGAUACCACAGCCGUCGACGACUCCAUGACUGCAAGCAGGUUCAAGGACAACUCUGAAUUGCUGUAUUCGCUUCGAUCCAUCGAGAUGCACGCGCCCUGGGUCCGCAACGUGUACAUUGUGACGAAUGGCCAAAUUCCGUCGUGGCUCAACCUCGACCACCCGCGCCUCCGCAUUGUGACGCACGAGGAUAUAUUCGCCAACACGUCACAUCUCCCCACGUUCUCUUCCCCGGCAAUCGAGGCACACAUCCACAGAAUUCCAGGUCUCUCUGAUCGUUUCCUGUAUCUCAACGACGACGUGAUGUUUGGCCUCGAUGUCUGGCCAGAGGACUUCUACUCGCACGCCCGCGGCCAGAAGGUUGUUCUGGCGUGGCCAGUUCCCAACUGUGCAGAGGGAUGCCCCUCAAACUGGAUCAACGACAACUACUGUGACGCGGCGUGCAACGUUCCCGAGUGCGAUUUUGACGGGGAGGAUUGCAAAGGACGCGAGGGGGAGCCAGCGCCGCCUGCGGGGAUGGGGUACACGGCCUCACACGUCGCUCCAUCUUGUGCUGUCGGUUGCGCUGACCACUGGCUCGGCGACAGAUACUGCGAUUCGGCAUGCAAUGUGCCCGAGUGUGGAUACGAUGCAGGCGACUGUGGCAUGGAGAUGAUUUGGGAACUUGUGCCGGAGCUGCCAUGGCCCAUCAACGCGACGUCUCUCAACCAAUCCGUCAUCAUCGUCGAUGGGGAGCGACCGCGUGCUGUGUACGCGCAACUCGCACCGCAUUUUAUCAACAGCACCGUGACCGGUGGUGAUUUCACCAACACCAACGCAAUCGCAGCCGUCGUCAUCAACAAGCUCGCAAAUGUUCUGCUCGUUGUGAUUCGACCAAACGUUGAUCCAACGACUACGACGGUGACGCUUGAGAGCACAGGCGCCGACGGACACAAUGCACCGCCCGUGCACCUCACCAUCGCCGUGGCAACAGUAGCACCACCAGCGCCACAUGAGAUGGAGCAAGGAGAUGUUGAACAGGCUGCUGAUGGUGGUGCUGACAGCAAGGAGAGCACAGGUGCAGGCAUCAGGGUGAGCACGGGAGACAUUGUCAACUAUUGGGACGUGCAGAAUGGCACGCACACAAACGCGACGACACGCACUCCAACGACCACCACAACCACAACGACCACCACCACGAUGGCAAAACGAGCCAUGCUGCACCCUCCAGCAUGGGAGGAUGACAAACAGCUGCCGCCACAGAUCUCGACUGCGCUGCACCGCCUCGAUGAGGAAUUGGCAAGCGGUGAUUUGACACAAAAGGGAUACAACAAGUACAAGUACCACCUGCUGCAGGCAGCCCUGAACCGCACGAGCAUCGACGACUUGCUCAAUCGAGCAGACGUCGACUUUAGAUUCCUCUUCACAACAACAACAACAACAACAACAACAACAACAACAACAACAACAACAACAACAACAACAACAACAACAACGACAACAACAACAACAACAACAACAACAACGCCACCUCCUGCUGCUGUUGGGCUGGAGGCUGUGGCAGAAGGAGCCGAGCAAGAGAGCGAAGAUGAGGAUGGUGGUGGGGAUGAUGAUGAGCGCGACCGGGGCGGCAGACGGCACCUGCUGGGGGUGCUGAACAUGCUGGCCAAGAACCCAACAGCACGGGAUGAAGGCGAAGGCGGUGACAGCGGUGACAGCGACGCAUCCGACCGUCAACACGACCGCAGCCGGAAGCUGCUGUUGUCAUCUGUAUCGACAUCGUCAGGUCGUGCAGAGGACGGUGACACCUCGUCAGCAGCGCGCGAGAUGGGCAGCGCGUGGAUGUGGCAUACUGGCUUCCGCUUCGCGUCCUCCGUCGUGUCAUCCUCAUCAUCCCAACACCACCACCACCACCACCAACACCACCACCACCACCACCACCACCACCACCAGCAGCAGCAGCAGCACAGGCGCCGACCGCAGCCGUUACGCUUCAGCGGUCAACGCAAUCGAUCCAGGAGUGCUGACAACGAUGACCAUGGCAAGGGUGUUGUUUAUGGUGCUAGUGCCAGUGCUGGUGACGGGGAUGUGGUGUAUGGGCUUGGACAGGUGACUGUUGAGCGAAAUGGGAUGGCGGUGCCCGUCGAAGACGCGCGUGCAGCGGACGAUGUGGCGCUCCGGAAACAGAAGGAGGUGCGGUUGCCAGAGGACAUGCAGCGAUCAAUUGACGAGUGGGAACUGAGGACAGGACAGCGCUGGCCCGCAGACCCUGUUCAGCAGCAAGACCUCAGAGACAAGCUGCUCGUCCAGUCCGCUAUCUUUCCCUGGGAGAAACAGCACGCACACGAACAACAACAGACGCACCAAGCACACGCACACGAGCAGCAGCAGACACACCAAGCACGAAGAACACAGCAGCAACAUCACCAACAACAGCAGCAGCAGCACCAAUCGCAAGAGGAUGAGGAUGAAGCUGAUGACACACGCACGUGGCACACGCGCCGACUCAAAGACACAUUUGCAGACUCGCUCAAGUAUGUGAACAAGCUGUACAACCACAAGUUUGGGUACACGACACGAAAAGUGAUUGCCCACAUGCCCCACUUUCUCGACAAACGCAUUGUCGAGGACAUGCAGGCGGCGUUCCCUGCAGAGUGGGCGGCACAUCGUCGCACAGCUGCGCUCGCCAACGGAUAUGCACGUCCAACAAUGAUCGCUAAACGCCUCGUCGUCGCCGCUGUUGCUCAGAUUGAGUCCGAUGAAGUCAAUGUUGCCUUCAAAAUGCUCGACGCAAACGUGACGAAGGCGCUGGACCAACUUGACUCGAUCCGCCGCACGCCGCAGAAGUUCAUCUGCAUCAACGACAACAUCGAUCACACGUUGCCCGAGAGCGCCGAGGUCGUGGACGCAAUUCAGAGCUUCUUCGAGGCGUUUUUCCCGCUCCCAUCACAGUUUGAGCUUCCAGCUGGGUAUCGCAAUCGCUAUCUUCACCUUGAGGAAUUGAGAACCCAUCAGGACCGCCAAGCUUGGCUUGUGAUGUGGGCGCGGCUUACGCUUGUUGCGCUGCUGGUUGGAUUGGUGUACGCGAUGUUUGGAUACAAGAUGGUGCAGUGGCGGCGGUCGUUUCUGUUGCGCUAUCGACAGCGCAACUUGGCAGACAGGCCCCAGGGGGUGGCAGCGGAGGCGCGGAAGAACGAGUGAAAAGGACAGCUGCAGGAUCGAAUAAACAAGGACAAGCAUGGAGCACUAGGCAACAACGGCGACAACAACCAACCAACAACCAACCCACCCUUCCGAUCACCACCACAACCCAACCCUCGUUGUUCUUGUGGCUUGUCACGUGUUCACACAACAGACGGCUACACUACACAGGUGGCAAUGGGAUCGAAAACGAAGAGCCAUCCGCACACACAGCACAUGCUUGUCGUCAUGAAGCACACGCAAAGAUGGCGACCCACAGAUCGUGGUUGAUUAAACGUCUAUUCGGC